AUGCGCCGUGAGCAUUUACACAUUACAACUCUCGACACUGAACUACAACUCAUGGCUGCAACUCAGAAACUCUACCCACGAGGUACAGUAAAGCGCAUUGUGAAAGCUCACUCCAAUCGGAGUGUGAGCAAGAAUGCCGACAUCCUGAUCUUCUUGGACUACAUGCUAUUUGUGCAAGAAUUAAUGCGCGAAGCAUCGAUUCGGUCGCGGAAAUCUGGCGAGAAGAAUAUCUCCGCCAACACGGUGCGCAAGGUUACUGAGAAAACACUGCGCAAGUUCCAGGGAUAG